UAUUUUUUAAUAUAACAAAAAAUUUCCAUGUCAAAAAAAGGCAAAGAAGAUACUAUGACGUAUAAACUGGAAACAGCACCAUUCGAUCCACGAUUCCCCAACCAGAACGUGACACGCUACUGCUACCAAUCUUACAUUGACUACCAUCGCUGCCAGAAGGUGCGUGGAGAAAAGUACGAACCAUGCAACUACUUCAAGAAGGUAUUCUCAUCCAUGUGUCCCAAUGCUUGGGUGGAAAGGUGGAAUGACCAGCGUGAAGCCGGUACCUUCCCUGGCAGAAUUUAAACAGGUAUUUGUGGAGAUGGAACAACGCCAGAAUAGCAAUUUGAAGGAAUAUAUUUGCUGCUUUCCGCUUACAAAUUUAUCAACUAAAUGCCAUAAUACAUACCUUCAUCUGUGAAAUUAUGUAUUAAAUAUGAAAACAAUGUUUUCAAUAUAAAUGAA